UUGUCCAAGGCAAAUGGACACUAGAACUAUAGUUGCCUAUGCAAUUCUCCUAGCUUUGUUAUUGCUUUUGAACUGUGUUGUUGAAUUGCAAAAAGGCAGUGCAACAGACACAAUUUUUCAAUCUAAAACAGUUUCAGUAGGAGAAACUCUCAUAUCUGCAGGCCAAAUCUUCGAGUUAGGCUUCUUUAGUCCUGGAAAUUCUGGCAAGCAAUAUGUUGGCAUAUGGUACAAGCAAAUUUCUGUCCGUAGAGUUGUUUGGGUUGCAAACAGAGAGAAUCCGCUAAUGAUCACAAGCUCCACCUCCGGUCUAACAAUUGGCGAUGAUGGAAAUCUGCUCAUUGUUGACGCGAACCAUACUAUUUUGUGGUCAACCAACAUCUCCGUUUCUGUGAAUCAAUCUGUUGCGGUCCUCCUUGACAAAGGUAGCUUGGUACUGAGAGACGGUGUGUCAGGAAAGUCGUUGUGGGAGAGCUUUAGCCAUCCUUGUGACAUUGUCCUACCGGGCAUGAUGAUAGGAAUGGACACCAAAACAGGAGAGAAAUUGCUCAUGUCUUCUUGGAAAUCGGAAGAUGACCCGUCCUCUGGAAAGUUUGUUGCUGGAAUUGCAACGACGAAGCCACCAGAAGCGUAUGUUUUGAAAGACUCGGUUCUGUAUUGGAGAAGCGGGUUGUGGAAUGGAUUGAAGUUUGUUGGGAUGCCGGAUCUGCAUGGGGCAUACUUAAACGGGUUUAAUUUUGUACCACAGGUGCAAAAUGAUGAUCAGUACUUUUUUACCUUCACUUUAUUCAACACAUCUUAUGUUCGAUUAAUCAAUCUGACAUCAAACGGAGCCCUGACGUUUGUAGAGUGGAAUGAGGGCAUGAACGAAUGGAAUACUGUUAAUAAUGCCUUAGACAGCAUGUGUGAUGUGUAUGGAGCAUGUGGACCUUUUGGGAUUUGUAACAAAAAUAAAUCUCCCAUUUGCAGCUGCAUGACAGGAUUUGUGCCAAACUCUGAUAGGGAAUGGAAUGGUGGAAAUUGGACGAGUGGGUGUAUGAGAAGAAGUGAAUUAUUUUGUAUCAAGAGCAACAACAAUCACUCUUCCUCAUCAGGAAGUGGAAAAAUUGACGGGUUUUUGAAGUUGAGCGCGGUGAAAUUGCCUCAUCUUUCUAUAUAUGUACCACUUGAUGAUGAGGCACAGUGUGAUCUUUGGUGCCUGAAUAAUUGUUCUUGCUUGGCAUAUGCAUAUAUAAUCGGAAUAGGAUGUACGACUUGGUCUGGAGAUCUCUUGGAUAAUCAGCAGUUUUCGCUUGGCGGGGAGGAUCUUUUCCUCCGUCUUGCCAAUUCAGAGCUAGGUCAUGGGAAAGAAAGAGCAAAACUCAUCAUCAGUUUGACAGUUAUUUCUGGUGUUGGCUUCUUAGGUGCCAUAACCUAUGGUUUAUGCAAGUGGAAAGCCAACCAAAGAGGAAAGCAGAAAAAAAGAAACAAUCACUUUCACUUUUCUGAUAUAUUUAACCCUACAAGAGCUGGCCAACAUGGAAAUUCUAGAAGUGACAUGAGACACCAACCAUCAGAAUUACCAAUAUUUGACCUUGAGAAAAUAGUGGCCGCCACCAAGAAAUUCAGCACAAACAACAAACUUGGGGAAGGUGGAUUUGGCCCAGUCUUCAAGGGAGAGAUGGAAGAUGGACGGGAAAUAGCAGUGAAAAAACUAUCAAGAUGUUCUGGACAGGGCAUAGAAGAGUUCAAGAAUGAGAUAAUUCUGAUAUCAAAACUCCAGCAUAAAAAUCUUGUACAGUUGUUGGGUUGCUGUAUAGAUGGAGAAGAAUUAAUGAUAGUUUAUGAGUACAUGCCCAAUAGAAGCUUGGACACUUUACUCUUUGAUUCCAAAAGAAGAGCACAACUUGAUUGGGCUAAGCGCUUCAACAUCAUUUGUGGUAUUGCUAAAGGACUCGUGUAUCUCCAUUAUGAUUCUCGUUUAAAAAUUAUACACCGUGAUUUGAAAGUUAGCAAUAUUCUUUUAGAUAAAGAUAUGAACCCUAAAAUAUCAGACUUUGGCUUGGCACGAAUUUUUCAAGCGACACAAGAGCAAGCAAACACUCACAGGGUUGUGGGGACAUUUGGCUAUAUGUCGCCUGAGUAUGCCUUAGGAGGGGUAUUUUCUGAAAAAUCUGACGUCUUUAGUUUCGGAGUCCUGUUACUAGAGAUUGUUUCCGGGAAGAAGAACACCAGUUUCCAAAAUCAUGAAAAACAUCUAAGCCUUCUUAGUUAUGCAUGGCAAUUGUGGAAUGAAGGGAGGGCAUUUGAUCUCAUGGAUCAAGUAUUGGCUGACUCAUUCUCCUUAUCAGAAGUAAUGAGAUGCAUCCACGUCGGCCUUCUUUGUGUUCAGGACCAAGUUGCAGAUAGGCCAACCAUGCCGGCUAUAAUUCUCAUGCUAAGUAGUGAAACAGACGGUCCACAGCCAAAACAACCUACAUUUACUUUCCGAAGCUUGUUGGACACUGGUCUUGGUUUGCAAAGUGACAAUAUAUGCUCCAUGAAUGAGGACAUUGUAUCAACAGUUUAUGGGCGAUAACUGAGAAGUAGAGGUACCUCAACCAUUGGGCUAUUUAGCCUAUCGCUUAUGGCCAAAAUGAGGACAUUUUAUCAACAAUCUUACGCCGCUAUUGCUGAGAAGAGAGAACUAUCUAUGCUUUGUUAUCUUUGCAUUUAGAAUUUGACGCAGUUGCUGCAGUGGUAACAGCAACAACAAAUUUGAUUGUAAACAAUAUUAUAUACUCGAAGAAAAUAAUGUACUUUUAGGCAUUGAUACAUACAAUAUUUCUAGUGUUCUGUUAAAAGUUAGUUGUAGGCCGUUGAUUGAAUAGUGUGCCAUAUGUUUAUCAUGCAACUAACUAUUCUACCUUACCUU